AUGGUUGAAGAUCAAAAGACUCUUGAUGAUCAGGUGGCAAAGCUGAGAAAUAGGGUCGAUGAGUCCCUCCGGUUGUAUGGGAUGGAGCAUUGGUGGACAACCGUGAGGCAACGUCUCAGAACAAGUGAACCAAUAGCAUUUAGCUUUGGUGAGAAGGAAUCACCAAGAUCUUCCCUAACAUCGAUCCUACAUGAGAUUGUUCGGAAGUUAAGGCCAUUUUCUUCGCUUGCUCCCUUUUUGGUGACAGUAUUAUAUUUGCCAAUUCGUCUUUAUAGGCAGGAUCUUGCGAUUGUUCCAUCAGCAAGGAUGGGAGUGAUAACUAUCAACAACUAUGUGAUUGAGGCUCUGAUUGUCUUAACUACUGCAUUUAUCUUCUCCCGACCUAGAUAUCAUAGUACUGUUCGUUUCUUGUUUCACGAUUUGGCAUCGAUUGUGGUUCAGGAGGCGUUAUGGUCUUGGAUACCGCUAGAUCUCGUCAUGUCGUGGAUCUUCAUCGAAGACCAUUAA